UUGGGAAGGUUUAUCUAGGGCUUUAACAAAUUUCUUCGUCUCAAAAAAUCAAUCAAACUCUUCUUCAAUUUCUUCGUCUUCUUCAAAAUGUGGAAAUUAAACGUUGCAGCAAAAUCUCUGCGCCAUCUCCACCAAUCAUCAUCCUCAAAAAUCACUUCAUCAUCACUUCCUCCACUCUUCUUCACAACCCAUGUACGGAAUCUCCGUACAGGGCGAGAUCCCAGUUUAAACCACGAGAUAAUUCCUCCGGUGAACUGGGGUAUUCGAAUAGUUCCGGAAAAGAAAGCGUUUGUGAUAGAAAGGUUUGGGAAAUACGUUAAAACGCUGCCGUCGGGGAUUCAUUUUUUGGUUCCAUUGGUGGAUCGAAUAGCGUACGUGCAUUCUUUGAAAGAAGAAGCGAUUCCAAUUCCAGACCAGUCGGCAAUCACUAAGGAUAAUGUUAGUAUUUUGAUUGAUGGGGUGCUUUAUGUGAAGAUUGUGGAUCCAAAACUUGCCUCUUAUGGAGUUGAGAAUCCAAUUUAUGCCGUGAUUCAGCUGGCGCAGACCACUAUGAGAAGUGAGCUUGGGAAGAUAACUCUUGACAAGACUUUUGAAGAAAGAGAUACUCUCAAUGACAAGAUUGUGGAAGCAAUCAAUGUGGCUGCGAAAGACUGGGGUCUGCAGUGCCUUCGGUAUGAGAUAAGGGAUAUAUCUCCACCUCGUGGAGUGCGGGUGGCUAUGGAGAUGCAGGCAGAAGCUGAGCGUAAAAAGAGAGCUCAAAUUUUGGAAUCAGAAGGAGAAAGGCAGGCCCAUAUUAAUAUUGCUGAUGGUAAGAAAAGUUCAGUGAUCUUAGCAUCAGAAGCUGCAAAGAUGGAUCAGGUGAACAGGGCACAAGGUGAAGCAGAAGCCAUUAUUGCUAGAGCCCAGGCAACUGCCAAAGGUCUUGCCAUGGUGUCACAAGCCGUAAAGCAACAUGGGGGAGUAGAGGCAGCAAGUUUGAGAAUUGCCGAGCAAUAUAUUCAAGCCUUUAGUAACAUCGCCAAGCAGGGUACCACAAUGUUGCUUCCUAGUGCCGCUUCCAAUCCUGCAAGCAUGAUAGCUCAAGCUAUUACUAUGUAUAAGAGCCUACUCGGUAAUGUGCCCAAUGACGGUACUCAAGAAACAUCUUUGCCUGGUUUAUUAGAGGGAAAGGGUGAUGCUCCCUCUGGAGAAUCGGGAGAUGAGAGCCCUAAAACCGCAAGAAUACCUGAUACAGAUCGUUUUGUUGACCCGUCUUUUUCACUUCAGAGCCCGAAGAAAGGAAAAUGAAGUUGAUACCAUCAGCCCUUUCCAUUUAAGUGAGUCAAACUGUUCCUGGCGUCUGUUGAGUACUGUUUUAACUCAAGUUAUAAGUUUUGAAAUUCUUCAAAAGAAAAGCAUUUUAUAGUAGGAUGCUUAUUCAUUUUA